GACCGGGUGGCACUUCCGUUCCCAUCUCGGUGUCUUUGGCCGGGCCCACGGAUUGAGAGAAUGGGGUCUGCUGGCCUGGCACGGCUGCACGGGCUGUUCGCGGUGUAUAAGCCCCCGGGGCUGAAAUGGCUGCACCUGCGGGACACGGUAGAGAUGCAGCUUCUGAAAGGUCUCAAUGACUUCAAGCCACCUCCUCCAAAACAACGUAUUCGCUUUUUGCUGAGCCCCGUGGAAGACAGCGAAGAGAAGGGACUGACCCUCACAGCCACCAGCGUGCCCUCCCUCACCAACCACCCUCUAGUACGAGGGCCAGCAUUUACCAACCUGAAGAUUGGUGUGGGACACCGGCUGGAUGUCCAGGCUUCAGGCGUGCUCGUGCUCGCCGUGGGACAUAGACGCAGACUCCUCACUGACCUGUAUGACGCUCACCUCACCAAGGCUUACACUGUGCGUGGCCUGCUUGGCAAAGCCACAGAUGACUUCCAGGAGUUUGGGCGGCUGGUGGAGAAGACGACAUACGACCACGUGACCAGAGCGAAGCUGGAGCGGAUUCUCUCUGUCAUCCAAGGCUCCCACCAGAAGGCCCUUGUGACGUACUCCAACCUGGACCUGCAGUCGCAGGAGGCCUAUGAGAUGGCGGUGAGAGGAUUGAUCCGGCCCAUGAACAAAUCCCCGAUGCUCAUCUGCGGCAUCCGAUGCCUGCACUUUGCACCUCCGGAGUUCCUCUUAGAGGUGCAGUGCAUGCACGAGACGCAGCAGCAGCUCCGGAAACUAGUGCACGAGAUCGGCCUGGAGCUCAGGACCACUGCCGUCUGCUCCCAAGUUCGACGCACUCGCGACGGCCCCUUCACGCUGGAUGAUGCCCUCCUGAGGACCCAGUGGAACCUGCAUAGCAUCCAGGAUGCCAUCCGGGCUGCGGCCCCCCGGGUGGCGGCGGAGCUCGAGAAGAGCCUGAGACCACUGUCUGGCACGCAGCCCCUCCCCGGUCCUGCUGAGCCUCAGGGCUCCGCACACCCGAGCUCUGCCUCGGGGCUGGAGCCCUGAGGGCCGGGCAGCUGGUGGGGCUGUGGGCAGAUUAAGGUAAAAGCUCAGCAUUUAGGAGCUAGAACUAAAUGUGCAGGAAACAAGUACAGGGAACGUAGCAAAUCCCAAGAAUCUAGGAGGCUGAGUGCCAAGGAUCAUGAAUUUGACCCAGCCUGGGCAAUUGAGCAAGACCUUGUCUUACAAUAGAAAGUAUUAAAAGAAGGGCUGGGGAUGUAGCUCAAAGUAAAGGUUUGAAAUUUCACACCCCUGGGACUGGGAAGAUAGCUCAGUGGACUAAAGCGCCUGCUUAGGCAAGAGCUGGGACUGAGGUUCAGUCCCC